AUGACUGACGCAGCACUCCUCAACCCUCAAUUGACCGCCGUCUACAAUGAACUACACACCUACGGCCCGCAAGACAUCUCCAAACCUAUCCUCAAAGCCACCUCCGACAUCAAAGCGACCUUCGAUCCCAAACAGGCCAUACGACCAGGCCAAUCCCUCCCCUCCUUCUCCCUCCGCAACGCCACCAACAAGCUAAUCACCUCCGACUCCCUCCUUGCCCGCGGUCCAAUCCUCAUCAUCUUCUACCGCGGCGCCUGGUGUCCCUUCUGCAACCUCUUCGUACGCGCCUACCAAUCCCACCUCCCCCAAUUCAAGGCCCAUGGCGUGCAGCUUGUCGCCAUCACGGCCGAGGUGCCAGAUAAAGCGCUCGUGACGGCCCAGAAGAACGAGCUGCAGUUCCCUGUGCUGUCGGACACGGGUCUUACCUUGGCAAGGAAGCUAGGGAUUGUGUGGAAGCAGCCGGAGAGCAUGCAGGUUGUGUGGGAUUACCUGAAAGUGGACUGGGAGGAGAGUUAUGGGCAGAAAGAGCAGGAGCUGCCGAUUCCGAGCACGAUUCUGGUGGGCAGGGAUGGGGUGGUCAGGGAGAUGUUUGUUGAGGCGAAUUAUCAUCAGAGGAUGGAGCCGGGGGAGGCGUUGGGGUGGUUGGAGAAGCACAAGGGGAACUUGUGA